GUAAAUGAGUCAGACCCACCCAAACUUUAUACAACAGGUUAUCAGAUAAAACACACAUGCUUGGAUGGACAGCGUCGACAUCGAUCGGCAGAGGAACAGCAUUAGCAUGGUCUCAUUCGAAAUAAGCUAUUACCACAUAGGGUGGUAUCAAAUAAAAGCCUGCAUGGGAUCGCCACGAACAAUGGCCAGAAAUUAAAACGAAAGGGUUCAUUUUUUUCCUGAGGUGGAAGUAGCCAGUCAGCGAGCGGAUGGGAUGGCGGGGGUUGUGACGACCCAAUUUUUUGCUGCAACAAAAGCGUCCGCACACACUCCGUACACACUCCAUAGAUUAAAUGCCUGCUCAGCAUCGAUCAGAGUUAGAGGACAUUCUGUCUGAUAAGGUCUUUGCGGUUGAAUCCGUAGGAGAACACCAGAUCGAUGAUGACGAUACUGAAAUUGUGGAAGAAGCCAAACCAGGAUUCUGCGUUGAAUGCAAGGAUCAACGGGCAUCAAUGCAAUGCUCGCACUGUAACGAACCUUUCUGCGAAGUUUGCUACGGCAUGAUUCAUCGCACGGGAAAAAGAGCCUUACAUGCGGCUUCGCCAAUUAUAACCGCCAACGAAGAGAAUGGAAGACGUCAGUCUACUUCUGAGUCGAAUACUGAGGAAGGCGAAAAUAUUUCAUUACAUGAUAAUCUGACAAUGAAUGAGCCAAAGAAAGCGGCUGGUCCAACCUUUGAAGAAAUAAUGAUCCACAAGGCAAAAUUCAUACCAUUGCGACUCAGCUUGGACGAAAGAAAGUAUCUGCGACUGUUGGAGGCAGCUCUGAAUGUGUCCGAAUACACAGACCGAGUGGAUGGAUUUGAGCAUAAGAGCAAGGCAAAGCGUAUUGUGGCCCAAAUCAAAGACAUUUGCGCGGUCCUGUCAGGUUUGGUGACAGCCUGUGACUAUAGAAGAGGACAAGAGCUUUUUGCGGACCGAACAUUCGAGCAAAAUGAAGACUUUUUUCAAAAGAUUUUCGAAAUUGGAAGAAGACACAAAAUCAUGAACCCAGAAAAAAUGAGAUCCGCUUAUGGCAAAUUAAUGUACAUGCUAAUGGAUUCGGCGAUCCCGGAGGUUGAAGAGAUGCUAGGAUUCUCAUGUGUCAUACCCAUCAAAACAGUUUACAGUUUCCUCAAGGAGCGCAAUGGUGUCGACGUUUUGACCAACGAAAUUAUCUUGUUAGCUACCAUGGAAAUUGUUCCUACUGGUAAAACUAGACUACAAAUUCAGACUGAAAUUAAGCGUAAGGAGAGGUCGAUUGAACAGCUCAGUCGGAAGUACAGUAACCCAAAGCUAUCGGCCGACGAAAUCCGACAUUGUCUUUACAGUAUUGGCGAUAACAAUGCAUAUCUACGGGCUAAUCGACAUCCGUGUGAGAAAAUGCUCACGUAUCUGCAAACCUAUUUCAAGCCAGAUGAGUUUGAACCGGGUUAUUCGUUGUCAAUUUCCGCCGGUAGAUCAGGACAUCGACUUAGCCAUGAUCAUUCUACGCAAUACACCUAUGUGAACCAGACUCUGAUGCUCUGGAGGGAAAUUCUGCAUGAGAUGUUUAUGCUGUGGAGUUUGGCUGAUCAAGAUUUGCUCAAUAGCCACAAUGUUUACAAGCUAAUGGAUACUGGUCAAGGCGUUCAGCGCAUGCAACCUUGCCCUGCUAUUGGUCGCGAGAUGCACCGUACUUUGUACAAAGCUCAGAAGAAGGCAAAGACUUGGAUUGGUAGUAGUGUCAUCCACCUUGGGGAUAAGAACGUGCCAAAUGCGCUCAUGUUUAUUGACAAGUACAACCAAGUCGCGAAGAUCUUGAAUCCUAUUGUCCUUACCUUGGAUCAUAUGGAUGAUUUAUGCAAGGACGACGGCAUCAACCGAUACAUUCAAAACACCUUUGGCGGAGUGGACCAAUGCAAGAAGGAAAUUUUGCUCAACUUUUUCCGCGGAGCCUUUGACGGGUCUGGAGCAGAUAACUUUUAUGAUGCAGGCAGCUGUAUCGACGGAAGACUAACUUCAGCGUGGAACUGGUGCUCACAAAUUGAGCAAAAACCGUUCUUCACAGUCUUCCUUCUAACGGGCUUUGUUGGAUUUGACGGCGGAGGUUGGAACUAGAUUAAGUUUGUAUACACUCGAUCAUUCGAUAGAAUGGGACAAGAAGUGUAUAUAAGAAGACGGGCAUAGACUCAAUGUAAAAUUAGGAUGGAAUAAAAUGAAUGGCAUGGGGAUGAAGGAAACGUAACUCCUGCUAUUGAUGUUUGUGCAAUGUUAUGGACCCAAAAGAGAAAUGAUCAAAGCUCCCAUCAUGCGGUUCCAAGGGAUACACUGUUAGGGGACAUUGGUUUUUCGUGGGACACCUCAACCACGCAGCUUAUCCAUUUCGGUGCGAAGAUAUUUAGAGAACUUUGUUGUAUCUGAUCCCCUC